AUGUCGUCGCACAAGAGCGUUCGUUCUGUGGUGGCAUCAGAUCGUGUCAUCACUGCAUUUACUCCAGCCUAUGACAGCAGUGCCACACCGUAUCAAAAACUGAAUUUCCAUCCUAUUGUGAAAUCUGCCUGCUCAGAAAACAGAACAGGACGAGUUGGACUGAAGAUUGCUAAAGCUGUAUUGGUUGGGGAUGUCUCUGUGGGAAAGACUUGUCUUGUCAACAGGUUCUGCCAUGAUGUUUUUGACCGAGAAUAUAAAGCCACCAUCGGCGUGGAUUUUGAGAUUGAGAAAUUCACGGUGCUCUCUGUACCAAUAACUUUACAAAUCUGGGACACGGCAGGACAGGAGAGGUUCAAGUGUAUCGCAUCCUCCUACUACAGGGGAGCUCAAAUUGUUAUUGUGGCCUUUGACCUAACAGAUGAGAAGACUCUACAUCACACAGAGACAUGGAUGAGCGAGGCGUGCGCCACAGCGGAUGAUCCGGUCAAGUUCCUGGUGGGAACAAAGAAAGACUUGCUUUCACCAUCAGACUACAGCAAGAUGGAACAGAAAGCCAUUAAUGUUGCUCACAAACUUGAAGCUGAGUUCUGGGCAACGUCAUCAAAAACAGGUGAAUGUGUCCAGGACUUCUUUUUCCGUGCCAUGUGCCUGUCAUUUGAUGACAUGCUGCUUAAAGAACUGGAAUCCUACAACUCAACUUCCAAGCAAAUCGGCAAUAAUCUCAUACGUGUUCAGAAAUCCCAGUCGGAUCUGUACGAGAAAAGGAACAAAAGAGUUCACUGCUGCUCAUAG